GCGGUGCAUGGAUAUUGCUCGUCUUUGGGGGGUGAUGUGGCCGCAGACGUCACAGCUUUGUAUACGUGUUGCUUUCCAGUGCCUGUCACGUGGAUGCCAGCCGCACUCCUCUUCCGGUGAAAGAUGGCGCCGUCCACACCACUUCUAGCAGUCCGGGGAUCGGUUGGCACAUCUAUGCUAUUUGGCCCUCCACUUUGUACAGAAAACACUGCAUUCACAAGUGAUAUCCGCCGAUGCAAAUUCUUUGUUUUUAGCAAGGAUGGUUCCUUGUUUGCUUGGUGUAAUGGAGAAACGGUGAAUAUUGUGAAUGUAGCAGAUGGCAAGCAUGUGCAGUCAUUUGACCUGCCUAAGACAGCUUGCCUUGGAAUCUCUCCCCAAAACUCUGUCCUGGUGACUUGGCAACCUUAUUCUAAAACUCAAGAAACUGUACAAGGAGAACCAAACCUUCAUCUGUGGAAUGUAAAAACAGGAGAGUGUCUUAAAUCUUUCUACCAGAAGAAGAUGCAAAGCUGGUGUCCCAGUUGGUCAGAUGAUGAAAGUAUCUCUGUUAGAAGUGUAAACAAUGAACUGCACUUCUUUGAGAAUAACAGCUUUGAUACUAUUGCAAGCAAGCUUCAUCUGCAGAAAGUCACUGACUUUGUUCUUUCUCCAGGAUCUCAACCUUGCAAGGUUGCUGUCUAUGUACCAGGAGUCAAGGGUGGACCAUCGUUUGUACGGUUGUAUCAGUACCCAAAUUUUGCUGGUCCAACUUCUGCCUUAGCCAACAAAAGCUUCUUUAAAGCUGACCGGGUGACAAUGCUGUGGAACAAGAAAGCCACAGCAGUAUUAGUGACUGCCAGUACAGAAGUUGACAAAACAGGUGCAUCCUAUUACGGAGAACAGACUCUCCAUUACAUUGCAACUAAUGGUGAAGGUGCAGUUGUACAGUUACCGAAAAACGGCCCAAUUUAUGACGUCGUCUGGAGUCCAAACUCAACCGAGUUUUGUGUUGUUUAUGGCUUCAUGCCUGCCAAAGUGACAGUGUUCAAUUUAAAGUGCGACCCAGUGUUUGAUUUUGGAACAGGGCCGAGGAAUGCAGCCUAUUACAGCCCUCAAGGACACCUCCUUGUCUUAGCUGGUUUCGGGAACCUCAGGGGACAGAUGGAAGUUUGGGAUGUUAAAAAAUACAAACUGGUUUCCAAACCACAGGCUCCGGACUCCACUUUCUUCUCCUGGUGUCCCGACGGGGAGCAUGUAGUAACAGCAACGUGUGCUCCAAGAUUGAGAGUGGGAAAUGGCUACAAGAUCUGGCAUUACACUGGGCCUGUGCUCCAUAAAUAUGAUGCACCCUCGGACGGUGAACUGUGGGAGGUUUUAUGGCAGUCUUUUUCAGAUGGAGUGUUUCCAGAAAAAACUAUUAAGUACCAGGCUGUACCAAGCGAACUAGGCAGCACAGAGCCCAAGCCUGCCCAGGUGUACAGGCCCCCAGCACUGCGGAACAAACCAAUCACAAGUUCCAAACUGCAUGAAGAGGAGCCUCCACAGAAUAUGAAGUUGCAGCAAGGUGGAGACAAGCAGCUAUCAAAAACGGCACUUAAAAAUCAGAAGAAACGCGAGGCUAAGAAAGCUGCAAAACAGGAGACAAAGCCAGAUGACAUACAAGAAAAAGUACAGGAGUCUCAUCCAAAGCCUGUGUCUCCUACUGCCCCUGCUGCAGCCACCUCCGGUGACCCGGAACUUGAUAAAAAGAUCAAGAAUCUUAAAAAGAAAAUAAAGGCCAUUGAACAGCUGAAGGAUCACCAAGCUGCUGGCAAACCACUUGAGAAAAACCAGAUUGAGAAGUUACAGAAGGAAUCAUUAUUAUUGCAGGAGUUGGAGGAGUUGGAAUUGGGAAUAUAGAUUAGCCCAAAUCAUAAAGGCCAUUUGUCAGUUUAAAGAACACUAUACAAAAGUUUAGAUUUAAUUAAACCGUGUGACUAAAUAAUACUGGAGCAUUCUUUAUGCAGCAACCAUUGGUUUGUUUCAUUUUUUUUUUUUUUAAUUUCAUUUUUGAAUUGCUAACCUAUAUAUAUAUAUAAUCUGUUCCAAUAUAGGGAUCACCUGGUGGAUAUUGCAUAUUUUCAUUGGUUUGUUUGACUUAGCCAUAAAUAAUUGAUAUGUUAGCACAAGAAAGUAAAUGUUAAGGUCUUACCGAUAAAACACCAAGUUCACUUUUGUUAAUAUAUAUGCUAGAUGGUUUGCUCUGUAAAAUAAUUUGGAAUGCCAGGUUAAGCCAUAGAAAAAACAGUUCCAGUAAACCAAAAAAAAGACAAAUUCAGAAUUUCACACAGAGCACAUGAAGGUUGUGGAACAGUGUUCAGUUCCAAGUAUUUAUACGUUUUCCAUUUGAGUGAGGAUAACAUUUUAAAUCUGUCCUGUCUAUACGAGUUUGACAUUAAAUAUAAUGAAUACA